AUGGGUAACAUCCUCGAGGAGAUCGCAGCUCAGCGCCGCCUAGAACGUGGCAGCUGCCAAGCAAGUCACCGUCUCAACGCGCCUGCGAAAGAAGGAUGGUUGAAUGUUGCUUUAGCAGCCGAGUUUAAGCGAGCAAGUCCCAGUAAGGGAGACAUUGCUAUGGCAUUGGAUCUUCGUGAGCAUGUCAAGGCAUACGCUGAUGCAGGCGCUAGUAUGAUCUCUGUGCUGACGGAGCCCAAGUGGUUCAAGGGGUCGCUGGAGGACAUGAUGGCGGCCAGAAAAAUCGUAGAGGGCAUGGACCAACGUCCAGCUAUCCUUCGCAAGGACUUUAUUAUUGACGUGUACCAGUUACUGGAAGCUCGGGCCUACGGUGCUGACUGCGUGCUGCUUAUUGUGGCUCUGUUGUCCCAUGAGCAGCUCAAUGAGCUCAUCGAGGUGACCCGCAACCUGGGUAUGUGCGCUUUAGUCGAAGUAAACAGCGUCCAAGAGCUGGAUAUCGCUCUGGCUGUUAAAGCUCAGUUGAUCGGCGUGAACAAUCGCGACCUUCGCACGUUUAAGGUGGACAUGAACACGACUGCUCGAGUCGCAGACGCUAUUCGUGAACGAGGAUUAUCGCUUGGACGCGAGGGCAUCACGCUCUGUGCUCUCAGUGGCAUUCGCUCACAUGCUGAUGUAGUCAAGUACGAGAAGUGCGGUGCACGCGGCAUUUUGAUUGGUGAGUAUUUGAUGAAAAGCGGCGACAUUGCAACGACAGUGAAAGAUCUUUUCCAGAAUGUGACGCACCGUACCGAGCUGGGAGAUCUUCCUCUGCUCCCACCGAUCGCGAAGGUGUGCGGCGUCACAACGGUGGAGUAUGCGCUGGCUGCGUUGCGUAGUGGCGCCAAUAUGAUUGGCAUAAUCAUGGCGGAGCACUCGCCUCGAUAUGUUGAGGUAGAGCAAGCGAAGGCUAUUGCCAAGGCCGUGCGUGAGUAUGGCGAGCGUACAGGCCCUAUCCUCCCGGAUAUCUUAGAGACGCACCUCGAUGGGAACAAUGACUGGUUCCACAGGAAUGUUCUGGCCCUGCGCGAGGCUUGCUCGCGUGCGCCUCUCGUCGUGGGCGUGUUUGCGAAUAAGACGGCCGCUGCAAUGAACAUUGCUGCGGGUGAGAUCGGACUGGACUUGGUGCAACUGCACGGUGACGAGGGCUUUGCGAUCUGCAAAGACAUCAAGUACCCAACUAUUCGUGCGUUGCAUCUACCGGACACUACGCUAAGCGACGGCGUUGACCCUGAAGCCAUUCUGCAGCAGGUCCAGAAGGGUCUUGCUAACUUUAUCCUGCUUGAUACCACGAUGAAGGGCCAACAGGGCGGCACUGGGGUGGCAUUUGAUUGGAAAAUUGCGGCCAUCUUUACCCACGCACGAAUCCCGUGUCUUAUGGCUGGCGGCCUCACCCCGGAGAAUGUUGUGAAGGCUCUUUCGGUUGGCCGUCCUGUGGGCGUGGACGUCAGCAGUGGCGUGGAAGUAAAGGGCUGUCCUGGCGUGAAAGACCUAGACAAGGUGGCGAUGUUCUUGAAGGCCGUAAAGGAUCAUCUCGCGGUUGCUGUACUCAGAAUUGACGAGGACAAAGAGGCUUGA